AUGGUUGUCGUUUUCAGCAAAGAGAAGCCACUAUACUGCGGAAACUGUAAGGAGAAAUUGGAAACAGCCUGCUUCAGAUGUUUGCAAUGCGGUGAAAUUGUUUCCAGUCCGAAAUGCGAUCCCAGGGGGUCAAACGAAGAUCGAGCUCCUCUAUCAAGGCCGUUUGAUCAUCCUUCUUGUUCAAGAGGUCGACUGGCUUCCCGAGGAAGGGGCUUCCAUGCACCGCAUUUCGCGUGUCCAAGAGGUGGGUUUUCUCCUCGAGGAAGUUUCGAUUCUCGGCAUCGACCAAAUUUCAGCACAACAGUUCCAUUCCCAGGAGCAAAUCGUGGCUGUGGGUUCGGUCCUCGAGGAUUUGGUGGUUUUCCUCCCGGAUGUCCUUUUCCAGCAUCAUUUGGACCCAUGUCGGGACAAGGUGGUAUUGAAGAUUUCUCACAGAUGCAUGGCCGUGGCUUCGGUCCCUUUUCUCCUCGGGGAGGCGCGGGAUUCCCUCGGGGAGUCCCUGGAAGGGGAAUGGCUCGCGGGCGGGGCGGGUUUUGCCGAGGUCGAGGGGGCUUCCCACCAUUUUCAGGAUCUCGAGGUAUGGGCUGUGUUGAUUGCGAUUGCAAUCACCUAAGGGUUUUUCCUGAGAUGGUUGAGGAAAAUAAUGAUGGUGGCAUUGGGGGUGCUUGCAAUUGUGUUGCCCCUGAGAAGGGAGAAGAAAAUCGUCCUGAUGCAAGGGAGGGUUCCCCAAUAAUGAUCGAGGAAAGUGUUCAUCAUGUCAAGGGGAAUGAUGCCACAGAGCCAGUAUGUGUUGAUCAUGAAGGGUAA